CGCGAGCGCGGGUUUCUGCUCUCCAGCGGUAUUACACCGCAACCAGUGUCCAAACCGACGCUGUCAGGUGAACGCCACUCGAUACUCGAUUUGCAACGCACACGCACCAGUGUAUUUUAAAAAAUAGAUAAUAAUAACGAUAUUAUAGUACGUCGUCGAUUUAAAAAAAAAAUGUUUUAUUCGCAACCGAAAAUUACGUUAUAAGACACAUUAUCAUCGUCGUGAUAAAUAUAUAUCGUAACUAUCGUCAUCAAAUACCGCCGCUGCCGCUUUCGAUAGUGCAGAGUGAUAAACCGUUGUUUUCGUAAAAUAAUAACAUUUUAGUCUAUUCGCUGUGAUCGCGCGCGCCAUGGGACGAGUUUCGGCAGUGACCACCGCACUCAUCUGCUGCAGGUAAAUACGACCGCGAGCGUUCAAGUUCCUCGGAUAUUAUAUGAUGCUAAAUCGGUGUAUUUAAACGAGUCGACGAACUUUUCAUAGCGUGCAUAUGAACAUGGACAUUGGAGUGUUGAAAAAAUUAACCAGAUCCGGUUUUAUAUUACUUCAUAUAACCGUGUUGCUAAUCGUAAACGGACAGGUGAAGAGCGCCGGCACGAGAUGGGCGAACGCCGAGCUGGAAGCGGCCGACGAGGCGUCGGACCUACAGAUCUACAAAUCCGUUGUGCAGUCAAUGGAAGAAUGGAAACAGCGAAAGAACUCGUCGAAAAGACAAAAAAGGGCAGAAACUAAUGCCUGCUAUCCGGAAGUGGGAUGCUUUGACACUUCCGGUCCUUAUGGUUACAUAGGAAUGGUACCAAAUCGUCCGGACGAGGUAAACACGAGAUUCUUAUUGUACAGCUCGCGGAGGAGUCGACGGGACACACCACUGUUGGACGUGGCGUUCACAAAUAUGACAUCCAUCUGGCACUGGGCUGGCAAAGCUUUCAACGUGUCCGCGCCCACCAAAGUCAUAGUACACGGGUUCGGUAGCUCCUGUUCAAACGUGUGGGUGUACGAAAUGAGAUCCGCGUUAAUGGACGUGGUCGACUGUAACGUCAUCUGCGUAGACUGGGAGGCCGGGGCGAUCAUACCGAACUACGUGCGCGCCGCGGCCAAUACCCGGCUGGUCGGCAAACAGGUGGCCAUGCUGAUCUCCGGUCUGGCGUCCAAGGCGAACCUUCCGAUAGAGAACGUGCACCUGAUCGGCUUCAGUUUGGGCGCACAUGCGGCCGGUUAUGCCGGCGCUGAGCUGAAGAAUCUGAGCAGGAUCACGGGCCUGGAUCCGGCGGGACCGCUGUUCGAGAACCAGGACCCCAAGACCCGGCUGGACUCGACUGACGCCAAGUUUGUGGACGUGAUCCACUCCAACGGUGAGAACCUCAUACUGGGAGGCCUGGGGGCCUGGCAGCCCAUGGGCCACGUGGACUACUAUCCAAACGGCGGCCGCAUGCAGAAGGGCUGCUCCAACUUGUUCGUCGGCGCCGUCACCGACAUCAUUUGGUCUGCGCCUGAAGUGUACGGCAGGAGCCUGUGCAAUCACAGGAGGGCGUAUAAGUUCUUCACUGACAGCGUUUCGCCAAGUUGCGCGUUCCCGGCCGUACCGUGCGAGUCGUACGAGAAGUUUCUGGAAGGCGAGUGCUUUCCAUGCAAGGACAAGUCCAAGUGUGGCAAUAUGGGAUACCACUCGGACAAGUCUCCGGGUCGCGGGAAAAUGUACCUGCUUACGAGGGACGAGGAACCAUUUUGUGCACACCAAUACAUAGUCAAAAUCUACAACUCUCCUAGUGCGUUGCCUGUGGUCAGCUACGGCAAAAUACAAAUCGUUCUGUUUGGUCAACUCGAUAUAAACGAAACAUUUACCAUCACGAACAAAGACGACGCGGCGCUUUCGGUGGGCGAGACGAUGAAGAAAAUCAUCGUUCCACAUCCUGCGCUACAGGGCUUUAACCGAGUACAGAUCACGUACACCGCUUACAAAGGAUGGCUGUCAAAUGGGCUUUCCAAGUGGAGCAUCGACAAGUUCAUACUUACCGACAGUUACGGCAAUAGCCAAUCUGUUUGCCAGAGGGGCUUAGUUAUGCAGUCGGAAGUGCCUGUCGUGUUGCCUCUAUACCCAGGCGAUUGCAACCUGCCUGAAUUGAUGCUACAGAUCAACGGCGGCGACAUCAGCGACAAGACCGACUUGAUACACGGUGGCCAAUCGGAAGAGUACGGCCAACAGCACAUCAACGACACGUCCACCGUGCACCUGCCAGUCGUCGGCAGCGGUGUGGACGUAGACCUGACCGCUCCCGGCGAUCUGUCCGCCGCCGCGGCCGGAUCAACGGGGCUGAGCGCCACGCUGGGCGUAGGCAUCAAGGAGUACAUGAACGUGCCGUGGAUGCCAUUGGUGGACAUUGAAGCGGGACCGGCCGGCAACAGUCUGGACCCGUCGUCGGACAGGCGCGAACAGUCGGGUCGUGGGUUCUCGGCCAACGGGGUCGCCGGUGGUCGGACGGGGAACAGGACGGCCACCGGUGGUGGCGGCGGCGGCGUCGUCGAUGGUGCACCAGCCGUUCGUCCCGCCGCAGAAUCGGACGAUCAGUUCCCGUACGACGAGGUGGUGCAGGCAACCGGCGGUAGAGUGGGCGCUGGGAACGGGACGGCCGGAGAGAUCCGCGAGCCCGUGCUGCGGCCGAAGAGCAGGUUCCGGAUGUACCGGAUGCCGGAUGGAAGUUCCGCCGCCGCCAUUACCAGUGGUGCCGGCAAUGGAACAACGUCGUCAUCGUCGUUGCCACCGCACCAGAACCUUGGUAACGCGUCGUCCACCACCACAGCCGAACGGUCGUUCAUCGUCCACCUGUUGCCACAAAAACUGAUGAACAUGAUAGAACAGGCCGAGAGGUACGCCCGGAUGGCAUUCUCGCCGUUCAUGUGGCCGACUAAAGAACGUGCGCAACGCGCGCUCAAGCACUUCCCGAGGUUUUUGUUCAACGAAAAUAAAACGUCCGAACAAGUAGUCAACGUUCAACUGGACGAGAGUCCAAAGAGAUACAUUCCGCUGACGUUUGGGAACGACCAUCCGGACGAGCAAGCACAACAGUCUAGCGGGCGGGCGAUGCUAAUGGAAGCGAGAAUCGUACCGGCGAUGACCGACGACAGCCCGAUCGUUGAAGAAGACUUAGACUUAUCCAAAGAAGACAUUAGAUAAAAUCCCGCUAAAAUUUAGUCCAUAGUUUUAUAUUAUUAUUAUUUUUCGUGUAAUGUGUAUGUGAUGAGUUUUACAACGACAUACACGCAAAAAUGAGUAUUAAGUUACGUAUACAAACAUAUAUAUAAUAUUAUAUUAUACGUGUAUGUUUAUUUAUUUAUCAUGUAUGUAAAUAAUGGCUUAGAGAUUCCGAUUUCGUCUAAAAGCUCAACUAUAUUGUGGAAUGAAAGAAAAAAGUGUAACGGAUCGUAUAAUUUUAGUUCCUAAAAAUUGUUGAAAAUUCAAAAUUCAAAAAAUUAAAUCAUAGAAUUCCCGUUUAUAAUUUUUUAUUGUACUUACUGUAAAUACCAUGUGUGCGAAUCAAUAUUUCAGUAGAACCUACUCAUUCGUUCGAAGACUAUAAUAUUAUAAUGUAAAGGUUACAAUUGUUUGUAUAUAAUAUUAUAAGCCUUACGGGUUUACAUCCCUUAUGAAAUAUUUAUUUAUAUACUUUAGCAAUUAAUUAUUUAUACUUUAAGUAAUUUAAAUUAUAAUAAUAAAUGUAGACAAUUACUUUGUAUGGUAAAAUAUUUUCCAAACAUAGUGAAACGUCCGAAUUAUUAACACGUUAAUAUGUAUUUAAUAUAUAUUUUCAUGUGUUUAAUAUAACAUAAUACACACAAUAAUACAAUAAAUCGAAUCCAUUUGAUGUUUUA